CUCCUCCCUCCUGUGUGGUGGCUUUUCUGACCAAAAGAUCCUCAGACGUGAACAGUUUCGCUGAGGAGCACUUUACUCACCCCCCCUUCAGUCCUCCCUCCCAUUGCCUCCCUCCCCCCCUUGAGAAAAAAAAAAGAAAAAAAAAACAUCCAGGAGUAAAGCCGAGGCGUCACUUUCUGCAGAGCGACCUGAGUGAGCAGAGUUGAGGUGUCGGAUAAUCAGGUCUCCAGUCGUACUUCACCCUUAUCUCUGUUAGCGAUGGAGACCUGGGCUGGCUCCCGCAUUUCUCCGGGUCUCUGGCUGAUGAUCGCCGCUUAUGCCCUCCAACAUGCCAGGGCGGAAAUAAGUAGCGGAUCUUGUCCGUCGCCUGUUCAACUUCGCCGGGAGGAGCUGCAGAUGCAGCAGUGGGUGCGCUUCAAGCCUGCGGAGGAGAUGCUGGAGGUCAGGGAACCCGGGGUUACUGAUCAGGAAUUCGGGGUUCUUGGUAGUUUUGGCCCUAAUUUGAGUUUGGAUCAAGUUAAAGCAGCCGCUUCUGAGUCUGAGGAUGCUGCGCUCGGGAGAGCAAAGAGGAGCGCUCCAGACUUUAACGAGUUCAGCAACAGCGACUGGAGCGGCUGGACCGCGCAGCUGGAGAGCCAGAAAUCCGGCAGGUCGGGAUUCGGGUGGAACAGGGAGGAUGGGAGAGGGAAUACCCGGCAGGAGGAGCCCAGGCUCAGCAGCAGCACCUUCGCUCUUACUGGGGACUCUGCGCACAAUCACGCCGUGGUCUACUGGACCGGACAAAACAGCAGCGUUAUCCUCAUUCUGACCAAACUAUACGACUUCCACAUUGGCAGUGUCACCGAGAGCACCCUUUGGAGAUCUACUGACUAUGGAUCAACAUAUGAGAGAAUGAACGACAAAAUCGGCUUCAAAGCUGUCCUCAGUUACCUGUAUGUGUGCCCAUCCAAUAAGAAGAAGAUUAUGGUGCUGACUGAUCCCGAGUUUGAAAGCAGCGUGCUCAUCAGCACUGAUGAGGGAGCCAGUUACCAGAAGUACCGCCUCUCUUUCUUCGUCUUAAGCCUUUUAUUCCACCCCACAGAGGAGGACUGGGCUUUGGCCUACAGCCAUGACCAGAAGUUGUACAGCUCAGUCGACUUCGGAAGGAAAUGGAUGCUCAUCCAUGAGCACGUCACCCCAAACAGAUUCUACUGGUCAGUCUCCGGCCUGGACAAAGAACCAGACCUGGUCCACAUGGAGGCUCACACACCAGAAGGAAAUGUGCAGUAUGUCACAUGCAGAGCUCAGAUGUGCUCCGAAGCCAACAGGAACUACCCGUUCCCAGGAUACAUCGACAUCAGCUCCCUGGUGGUCCAAGAUGACUACAUUUUCAUACAGGUUCCCACAUUCGGACGAGCAACUUAUUAUGUCUCCUAUAAGAGAGAAGCCUUCAUACAGAUCAAACUGCCUAAAUAUUCUCUACCAAAGGAUUUACACAUCGUCAGCACUGACGGGGAGCAGGUCUUUGCGGCCGUGCAGGAAUGGAACCAGAACGACACCUACAACCUCUACCUGUCUGACACUAGAGGGAUCUACUUUACCUUGGCAAUGGAAAAUGUCAAGACUACCAGGGGUAUUGCUGGGAACCAGAUGUUGGACCUUUACGAGGUUGCUGGGAUCAAAGGAAUGCUGAUCGCAAACAAGAAGCAAGACAACCAGGUGAAGACCUACAUCACCUACAAUAAAGGCCGGGACUGGAGGCUCCUCCAGGCGCCUGCUGCAGACCUGGAAGGGAACGACAUCCAUUGCAUUCUGCCUUUCUGCUCCCUUCAUCUCCAACUGCAAACGUCAGAGAACCCUUACGUUUCAGGAACGAUCUCCACCAGGAGCACUGCUCCGGGCAUCAUUGUGGCCACAGGAAAUAUCGGAGCCGAGCUGUCAUACAACAACGUUGGCAUGUUCGUGUCAUCGGAUGCAGGCAAUAGCUGGAGAGCGAUCUUUGAAGAGGAGCACAAUAUCUGGUUUCUGGACAAAGGAGGCGCCCUUGUUGCAGUGAAACAACCAUCAGUGCCAACAAGACAUCUGUGGGUCAGCUUUGACGAGGGAAGGCAGUGGACUCAACACACCUUCUCCCAGGUGCCACUGUUUGUGGACGGAGUGUUGGUCGAGGCUGGCGCUGAGAACCAAAUCAUGACCUUUUUUGGACAUUUCAGCCACCGCUCUGAGUGGCAGCUCAUCAAGAUCGACUACAAGUCCAUCUUCAGCAGAAGGUGCACCGAGGAAGACUACCAAACAUGGCACCUACACAACCAGGGCGAGCCAUGUGUGAUGGGUCAGAAGCAGAUUUAUAUGAAACGUCGGCCUGGAAACUACUGCAUGCUGGGAAAGGACUACUCCAGAAUCCUCUCAGCCGAAUCCUGUAUUUGUCGAGCUCAUGACUUUGAAUGUGAUUACGGAUAUGAGCGGAGGAGCGACGGGAACUGCCGGCCGGCCUUUUGGUUUAAUCCUUCCUCUGUGUCUAGAAGCUGCAGUCAAGGUCAAAACUACUUCAACAGCACUGGUUACCGUAAAGUGGUGCUGAACAACUGCACUAAGGGAGUGAAGGAGAUGUACACGGCCAGGAAGCAGCAGUGCCCCAACAGAUCCCCUAAAGGACUCACCCUGAACACCAAGGAUGGUAAACUUACUGCCAACAUGGGAAGCAACGUCACCUUCAUCGUGCACCUGGAUGAGGGGGACUCUCUAAGAACUAACAUCCAGCUGGAUUUCGGCGAUGGUACAGCAGUCUCCUACUCCAACCUGAGCUGGACCGAGGAGGGGAUCAAACACGUUUACAAGUCGGCUGGAAUAUUCCGAGUCACGGCGCUGGCAGAGAACACACUCGGCUCGGACACCACUACUUUAUUUCUGCAUGUAUCAUGUGCAGUAGAGCAUGUCCAGCUUCUUGCUCCCUUUGUGGUUAUCAGAAACAAGGAGGUGAACAUCACAGCAGUGGUGCUGCCCAGCCAAUCACGCACUGUCACCUACUUCUGGUGGCUUGGUAACAACACAGAGCCGGUGAUCACCCUGGAUGGAAGUAUCUCAUACACCUUUAGGAGUGAAGGAAUGCAGACCAUCACAGUCCAAGUAGCAGCAGGUGACACCAUCCUACAGGACACCAAGACCAUAGCAGUCAAAGAAUUCUUCAAGUCUCUGCUUUUAUCUUUCUCUCCGAACUUGGACGAGUUCAACCCCGACAUACCCGAGUGGAGGCAGGAUGUGGGGAGAGUAAUUAAGAAGGCUCUGCUACAAGUGUCUGACUUCCCAGAGGAGCAGCUUUUGGUGGCUAUUUUCCCAGGAGUCCCAACAGCCGCCGAGCUCUUUCUGUUACCCAACAAGAACCAAUCUGAGGGGAAGAAAAAGAGUGAGGAAGAGCUAGAAAAGGCGUCCAGCAUCAUCGUCAGCGCACUGAACCAAAACCUUGUGGAGUUCGAGCUGAAGCCUGGCGUCAGAGUCAUCGUCUACAACACACAGUUAACGCUGGCCCCGUUGGUGGACUCCAGUCCCAGACACAGCAGCUCCGCCAUGCUCAUGCUCCUCUCCGUGGUCUUCCUGGGUCUGGCUGUGUUCCUCAUCUACAAAUUUAAGAGAAAAAUACCUUGGAUCAAUAUUUACGCUGAGGUGAACCAGGAGAAGGAGCAGGAGAUGAUUGGCUCGGUCGGUCAAGGCGACACCACACCGAAAAUCACUCUGAGCGAAUUCACAGCAUCCAAAGAGCUCAUGGAGAAGGAACUGGAUGCUCGGGUCAAGAGAGGAGUCGUAAAUGCCUGCGAGAGCACAAGGGAGAUUCCAAACUGUACCAGCGUGUAAAAGCUGAAGGUUGUGUAAAGAGCGGGGUAUCGCAGUCCGCCGUUCUUCUCUCUUUCUGUUUUGUAAUUAUAAACACGACUGAUGUUAAUAGUUUUUCUAAAAAGCCUCAUUUAUACAGCCUUGCGUUGGAUGCGUCGUUCGGCAGCAUCCAACGCAGCGACGGCAUCUCUGUAACUACCAACGAGACUUUUGGGUUUUGUGGAUGUUAUACGCUGCAUUCAUUUGCUGAGGGAAAUAUCUUUCGUGGAUGAGUUCUGUACGUUUUCUCAAAAGUUUGCUUUGAAAAUCAUUUCUGCCUAAAUGUAGACUCUAAUGUCCAAGUCUUCAAUCGAACAGGGAAUAUUACUGAAAUGUAUAGUAUUAUCUUUAGUUCUGUCCAUGUAAAUAUUCUCUCUUUCUACACGCUGGUAGCCUCGUGGCGGCGACGGAAGUUCUGACGACGGUUUGUUUUUGAAGGUGUGUAAGACUUUACUUCAAAAAGAAGCAUUUUGAUUUGCUGACGUCCUCGACUCGUGCAUGUUCCUACCGAGGACACCGUUUCCGUGUUGUAGAUAAGCAAGUGUUGUAAAUAGUUCUUUUCUAGACAUUCGUCCAGCAAGACCAGUUGGUUCCGGCCCGCUUCUGUUUCUGCUUUCAUUCUCUUCAGUUGCUGUUGGGUAAAAUGUACCAUGUUGAAACGGGUUGGCUUGUUGAUGUUCAGCCGCCAUUAACAGAUUUACUCUGCAAACAAAGCAAGACAGAUCGACAUGUGGAGGACUAUGUAUAUUAUAUUUAUAUUUUCAGUAGAAAUAUACUCCAGAUAACCAGACAUUUUAACUAGAUAAGUGUCUUUCAACCAAACACCUUUAGCCACUGGCAACAUCGCUUUACGUUUUGCCUCUCGUGGUCCUGAUUUAAUCUCAGAAAAAAGCAUAAAAUAUCAUAUUGUGGUGACCAGUUGUACAGUUCACAGUAUUUUAAGACAAAUUUGGGAGAAAUGGUGACAUAUUUGAUAUAUAUUGUUUAGAUUUUGUUAGGUCAUUUUGUUUUUCCCAAAAUUUUUAACUUCUAACCCAGAAAGUGAUAGUUGGAUAAACUUAUAACAGACAUUUCUACCAUGGAGAACAAUAACAUCUGAAUUGAUAAAGGCUGUAAAAGAGGAAGAAACCAAACACUAAAAGUCUUGUUUUUGCUUCACCACUUUAAAUUUAAAUGGAAAUUAUAAAAACUGUUGAACUAAAAAAAUUAAAAAGCACAGCAGCGAUGAAGCUUUCAAAAUACUGACCAUAAACCGGUUUAAAGAAAAGAUUAAAGUCUAUCUAUUAAACCAUACCAACACUAAGCAUCCUUUAUGUAAUACAGAUAAAUUCUUUAAUAUCCUAAUUAGAAACCAGACAGCCUCCAAUCCUCCCAGGAAUGGACAUCCCAGCAGUUUCACCCAAAGUUCAGAGAAAUGGCCCAAAAAAAUCCAAUAGCUUCAUCUCAGACUCUGCAGGCCUCAAGUAGCUCUUUAGGUAUGAUGGACUCAUGAUGUUAAGAAAAACACUGAAGAAGUCUGGUUCGUGUUGAAAAGUUAAAGAAGAAAUUCCUUCCUACAGAAUACAGAAGUAUUAGGAUAGAUGAGAGCAACAUAGAUAUAACCUGUCAUGAUGCACCACACCAUGUUUGGAGAAAAAAUAACAAAGCCACCUUCUACCAACAGUCAAGCAGGGUAAAGAGGGGUAAUUAUCAGGGCUGGAUCUGUUGCAACAUACUUAAUCUGAGCACAUUGCAGUCAAUAAAGUAACCAAGGAGCUCCCUGAGUGGGGAAGGAUUCUAGAGUCAUAUCUUUCUGGCAACAAAACCUUGGCUGAAAUCAAAUAAACAGAUUAAGGUUGCAAAACAAGGAGACAAAAUUCAUCCUCAAAAAAAGACCCAUAAAGUCAGACAGAAAAUUACUAUUUCAAGUAACUUUUGCAAAAUAUGGUUUAAUAAAUCACUCAUC